AUGUGCCCCAAAGCUCAACCAGGCUCCCAAAAUCAAGACCACGCCUCAGGCCACCCCAUCCCCCAGUCUCCCUUCCUGGGGGCUCCCCAGCUCUCGGGAAGCAGGGAGAGGUUUGGGGUGCAGGGAGGAGAGGAGUGCAGGGGUGUGCGUGUGAAAGUGGGGUUUGAGGCGAAGAAGCCCAUUCGGGAGGUGGAUUUGGGGGGUCUGAGCUUGGACAGACCCUCGGUGGUGGAAAUGGGGGUUCAGGCUCCCCAGCAGGAAAAUCCGGGGGGGCGCAAGCCCCCAAGUCCCCUGGGCCUGACCUCAUCCUCAGACACAGGGGGACUCCCGGAGGGCAGGGUCCCCCCAUUUCCUCCAUCACCCCUCCUGAGGCCCCAGCAACGGAUCAGCACCCCCAAACCCCUCACCCUGCUCCCCCAAUCCCAAGAGGUCUCCCAUUGCCCCCAGCACCCCAAACCCCUUACUCCACCCCAAAAGGGACCCCAGUGUCCGGAUCCCCCCUCCCGCCUCCCUCACAAUGCCCCAAAAGGCUCAGGGACCCCCAAACCUGGGGGCCCUCAAAGUGGGGCCCUACCCGGCAGCCGUGGGGCGAGCUGGGUCAGGUCUCAGCCCUGGGGGAGCCCCGAGGUCCCGGGCAUGAGCCCCCAGAGCGGGUUCGGGGGCCCCGAGAUGUCCCCGUGA